GAGGGGCAAAGGGUGUAGUCCAAUAAAUUUUGAUGAAAAAGGGGUAUUUUGGGUUGAGAAACGGACACACCGAUUCACUGCUGACGUGUCCUCCGGUGGGGGAGGUGUCUGUGAAUCUGCCUGCAACAGAUCUCACCCAACCCCUUUUCUUCUUCUUCUUCUCCUCUUCACUUCCCACUUCCCACUCACUAUACACUCUCUUCCUCUUACUCGCCAUUCCUUUGAAGCGGAGUUUCCUUUGUUUUGGACUGCUCUAUCACUUUCCUCUCUAAGUGAACCUCGUGAGCUUCAUGGGAAGCUUGCUCAGAGAUCUGAGCUUUAAUUUUCCAACCGGUAUAUUUGAUUCUGCUUUUCCCCUCUUCUGAUUCAGAGACCAACCGCCAUUUUUCAAGGGUUUAAGAGGAUUGUACGGACGAAGUUUUGAUUCUCCAUGACUUCCUUUGAGUUUUUCCCUGUUCGGGUUUUUUCUUUUUUCUGCUUGCUGAAGCUGGAGUGAGCUUGUCGCGGGUAUGCAUUGGAGUUUGCUUGUGUCUGCUCAUUAGGUUUCAGUUGGAGUAGUAUUCGUAUUGCUGCUACUUCCGCUUGAUUCUCCGGUGAUAAGCUUCAUGGUUUACUCGACCCUGGUUUUCUGGGGUGGGUGAUUGGGAGUGGUUUGCCGAUGGAUUUUCUUUGUUUCUCAUUUUUGACUUGGCGGAAAGUUGACGAGGUUGGAAUAUAAAUGCUUGACAUGGAUUCGUUGAAAUAGAAUCUAACUUUAACUUUCGUUGUUUAGAUAGGAGGACCUCUGCUUGCCUAAAUUGCGGGAUAUUUGGAAUUCAUUUUUGUCAUAAUUGUGGAGAUUUGACCUCGCGUUGUCUGAUUUGAUAAUGCAAUAUAUUUCGAUUCGUUUCCUUAAUUGUCAAGAAAAUUUUCGACCAAAUGCAUUUAUAUUCUCAUCAUGACUAGAGCUGUCCGCGAUAGAAUUCUCAAGGAGGCAAAUGGUGAUAUCAGCGAUCAUCUACGUAACCACAUUCACUUGACGAACUGUAUUCACCUGAAGAAUCACAUGCACAAGCACAGCCCAAUCUUGGCUGACAGGUCUCUUAUGAGGGAUCUCAUUGUCCUUCAGAGGUCGAGAUCUCUCAGGGACCCUUCAGCUAGUCCUCCCUCAUGGCAAUCUCCCUCAAUAACGGAUCUGCCAUCAAGGAUGGGCGAAAAUAAUGCUGUGAUUCGUGAAGGAAGAAGGUCGGUUGGAACUGAAAGCCGAAGGGUAGGUAGGACAAUUUCCGGAAGUUCUCCACCGUUGGGAAGUUUUGCCACAUCAAAAGUUGCUCCGGCUGAGGUGAAUGUGGGCACGGAUGGGGUGACAGCAGCUAGUGAGCACAGUGUUAAGAGUGAAAUCCGAGAUGGUAGAAGAAUUCGGAGAGAAGAGUCAAGUAGGAGGAGUGAUAGAAACAGUGUUUUGGAUGGCAAUGAAGAAUCUUCACCUGUUCAUGAUGCGCAUCUUCUGCAUGAGAUAAUUUCAAGGAAAUCGGAAUCUAAAGAUAGAAAGAGUGAACAGAAGGAUAAGCAGGUUAGGAGCAUUCCAUUUAAGACACUAUCGGAGCAACUAAAUUCUGCUCCAAUAGAUAGUGAUGACAUUGCAUCUUCAAGUGCUGUACAUGGGAGACGAUCUCAGCAGGAGAAAAUCACUGAUGAACCUGAACCCAGCUUUCGUGGGAACUGCAGUGGAUUGAAUAGGGUUAAAAGGCGAAAAUUUCGAGGUACAAGGAGAAGUCGUAUGAAUGUAACUUCCAGAGACACUGGAGUUCAAAAUGAAUUGUCGGUAGCUUCUAAUACAUUAGCUCAUGGUUCGGUUCAUUCAAAGCAUAAAAUGGAAGAAGAAAAUGAAAAUUAUGCCAACAAAAAUGUCAUUGGUGGACCUAGAAAUGGGUGUGGUAUGCCUUGGAAUUGGUCAAGAAUUCAUCAUAGGGGGAAAUCGUUUUUAGACAUGGCUGGAAGGAGUUUUUCUUGUGGCAUUUCAGACUCGAUGUUAAGAAAAUGCAGUCCAACUGCACGUGGGAGAGGCAUUUCUGGCACACCCAUAGCAUCUGAUCACUCAAGUUCAUCUGCUAAAUUUGAUGCCGAGGCUCUACCUUUACUUGUUGAGGCAUCUGGUUCCCAGGAAAGCAUUGAAAAUGCAGGCUGGCAACGAGAUUACUCUGGGGAAUUGGGAAUAUUUGCAGAUAACUAUAUUAAACACGAAGUUGAUUCGGACCUUGCUUCAGAAGCAAGGUGUAGUAACCGGAGAAGAACAAGAGGCCAUCAUCGUUCUAGACAUCAAAAUCUGACACAAAAAUACAUGCCACGAACAUUCAAAGAUUUGGUGGGACAACAUUUAGUAGCCCAAGCUCUUUCAAAUGCUGUCUUAAAGAAGAAGGUUGGGUUACUAUAUGUUUUUUAUGGUCCUCACGGUACAGGAAAAACAUCCUGUGCUCGUAUAUUUGCUAGAGCAUUGAACUGCCAGUCUUUGGAACAUUCCAAACCUUGUGGAUUAUGCAAUUCUUGCGUUGGAUAUGACAUGGGAAAGAGCAGGAAUAUAAGGGAAGUUGUUCCUGUUAGUAAUCUCGACUUCGAGAGCAUUACCGAACUACUUGACCAUAUGAUAGCUUCUCAGCUCCCAUCACAGUAUACAGUGUUCAUUUUUGAUGAUUGUGACAGCUUUUCUGCUAAUUGCUGGAGUGCCAUUACAAAGGUCAUUGACCGAGCACCCAGACGUCUAGUUUUUGUCCUUGUGUGUUCAAGUCUAGAUGUUUUACCUCAUAUAAUUAUAUCCAGGUGCCAGAAAUUCUUUUUUCCAAAGCUGAAGGAUGCUGAUGUUAUCCAUACUUUGCAGUGGAUUGCAACCCAAGAAAAUUUAGAAAUUGAUAAAGAUGCACUAAAACUUAUCACAUCGAGAUCUGAUGGAUCAUUGAGGGAUGCUGAAAUGACUCUUGAACAGCUCAGUUUACUGGGCCAGAGAAUUUCUGUUCCUCUAAUUCAGGAACUGGUUGGGCUCAUAUCUGACGAAAAACUGGUGGAUCUUCUUGAUCUAGCUCUUUCUGCAGACACAGUAAACACUGUAAAACACUUGAGGUUAAUAAUUGAAAGUGGUGUGGAGCCAAUGGCUUUGAUGUCACAAAUCGCAACUGUGAUUACUGAUAUUCUUGCUGGUAGUUAUGAUUUCAAAAAAGAAAGACCUCGGAGGAAGUUUUUUCGACGUCAGCCAUUAUCCAAGGAAGAUAUGGAGAAACUACGUCAAGCUCUGAAAACUUUAUCCGAAGCUGAGAAGCAAUUAAGAAUGUCUAAUGAUAAAUUAACUUGGCUUACAGCUGCAUUACUUCAACUUGCUCCAGAUCAGCAGUAUAUGUUAUCCAGCUCUGCUGAAACAAGCUUUAAUCACAGUCCCUUGGCGCUGAAUAAUGUGAGUGGUAGGGGUGCAUCAAGGAACGUUGAUCAGCAUGGUCAAAUAUCUGCAGGCGAGAAAGGAUUGCCAACAGAUGUUAAGUUUGCUGGUCAUUCUGACUCGUUUGAUAAUAGAAUUUCUAAAGGCAUUAGUUUAGACAGAAAAAGACACUCUGGAGUUUGUGUGUCUCCUCAGCGGACUAUUGGAACCGCUACAGAUUUAAUGAAGUCUAGUGGAAAGCAGGUUUCUGGUACGACUCAUAAAGCCAUUGAAGAAAUUUGGUUGGAGGUGCUAGGAAAAAUUCGGAUAAAUAGUAUUAAAGAGUUUUUGAUACAAGAGGGGACGCUUGCAUCAGUGAGUUUUGGUGCAGCACCAACUGUACGUUUGAUAUUCAAUUCACAUAAUGCAAAAUCAAAAGCAGAGAAGUUGAGAGAGCAAAUCUUACAAGCGUUUGAAUCUGCUCUUGGGUCCUCAGUGAUAAUUGAAAUUAGAUGUGAAUCAAAAAGGGAUACUACAGUGGGGAACCAUUCAUCAGUUACUUUACCGGUAUCCAAGAACGGUCUCUUGCAGAUUAGGGAUAUAAGUGGUAAUAUGUCUCAAGCUCAGUUGCCGCACUACGGUUCUGGUGAAGUUGGAAGAGGCGAAAUUGUUGAAAUAGAUGCUUCUCCGAGGGAAGCCCAUAAUCAGAGAGAACCUAAUCAAAGGAAUUUAGAAGAUUCACAAGGAGAAGUAUCAGUCUCUCGGAAGAACUCAACCAUGUCAUCAAUUUCAGAAAGAAGAGAAGCUGGAGCUCAAAGUCGGAGUCAAAGUAUUGUGAGAAGCAAAGUAUCUCUGGCACAUGUUAUUCAGCAGGCAGAGGGGUGUUCACAGCGAAGUGGAUGGUCCAAACGCAAAGCUGUAUCUAUAGCUGAAAAACUCGAGCAGGAAAACUUGAGACUUGAGCCUCAAUCAAGAAGCUUAUUGUGCUGGAAAGCAUCUAGAGUAACUCGGCGAAAGCUUUCACGGUUGAAAGUUAGAACUCGAAGGCCACAGUCAUUGCUGAAACUUGUCUCCUGUGGUAAAUGUCUUUCUGCGUAGUUAGCAAGGUAAUAAUUCAAGCCAGAAAGGAAGAAGAGGGAGAAUCGUUUAGGAAAUUGAUUAGCUUUUUUUUCUCUUUUAGUUGUAUUUAGUUUUCUUCUCUCUUUUUCCCCAUGCUGAUUACUAGGCUCAUUUUUAUUUAUCUGUGAAUUCAAAUUUAUGAAAUCAAUUAAUUUUUCAUUCUAAAAA